UUGGUGCUCGUUCAUUCGUCAUUCUUUGAACGAACCGGUUGUUUUGUUCAGUGUUUCUGUGUUGGUGUCCUCUUAUUGUAUGUAUUACGUUUUGGUUCUACCGAAAUAAAAUACAUUAAUCGUAUUUAUAUAAACGUUAAGUAACGAAAAUAUAUAAUAACAUAUUUUAAAAUAAAAAUAAUAUUUAAGUGUAAUAUUAUCAUAAACUAAGAUAAACAAUUUGAGCUGAUUCUGCAGGACGAAUGAACAAAUCCCGCGUAUAAAAUGACAAUGCUGAAGAAGAUAUCUCAUCUGUAAUUUACAAAAAGAUUAGAUAAAAUGGCGUUGAGACAAGAGACGGUACCUGCCCUAGCGCCUUCCCUGCUUCGAGAUCCUUACCGCGAUGACUCUGGCCCACCCAUCGCUUCUGAAGACUUUGAUGAUAUGGAUGAAUUCGUCGAUGCACCAGAAGAGCAGCCUGCGUGCUCGAUGGAUUUAUACACAGCUUUGGAGGAAUGCGAAGUGGCGAUAAGGAAAUUUUUCAGCAAUGAUUUAGUUGGUGCCAUGAAUAUAAUGAAACCCUGGAGUCAAACAUCACUGUACCACAGUCUGGGCACUGCGAUAUUCGAAUUUAUUCCGGCAAUGCUCACAUUCGACCACAAUCAGAUUAACCGUGCUCUCGCCGCCCUCAAAGUUUGCAUCUCAAUAUGCAACCAACAAAGGAGAAACUAUACUCUUGUCGAGAGUAUUGGCACUAUUAUCAAGAAGCCCGAUUAUGGCACGUAUAGUGAUAUGGAAGCACACGCGGAACUGUGCUACGCUGAGGCCCUGCUCUUGCAAGCUGCUAUGACCAUAAUGGAAGGCGAAGAUCUCACAGGCCUCAUAAAGGGCACGAUCAAAGUCAAAAACUGUUACAACAGUUACAAGGACUGCUCCAAAAUAUUGGAGAAGAAGCAAUGGGCCAAUGAAGAAGCAAAAGUACACUUUCAAAGUGGAGUAAGGCUGGGUACGGCCACAUUUAACGUAAUGAUCUCAUUGUUGCCACCAAAAAUUAUCAGCUUGCUGGAGUUCGUUGGCUUCUCAGGCAAUAAGGUUCACGGGUUGGCGGAGUUGGAGGCAGGGUCACGGUCGCCCGGUAUACGCUCCAUUCUAUGCGACCUCACGUUGCUCGCGUACCAUCUAGUUAUAUGUCACUUCAUUGGUGCGGUCGGUGAUCUACACGUAUGCGAGGAAAUUCUAGAAAAGGAGCUUAUGGUAUACCCGGACAGCAUGUGGUUCUUAAUAUUCAAAGGUCGAUUGGAAUUACUUAAAGGCAUGUUUCGACCCGCUAUCGAUACGUACAAUCGUGCCAUCGUCAGCCAAGACACCUGGAGGCAGUUCCGGCACAUGUGCUACUGGGAGAUCAUGUGGGUCAAUGGGUUAAUGGCCCAAUGGCGCGAGGCAGCGGUGUACGCGGACAAACUUAUAGAAGAAAGCUCAUGGUCAAAGACUAUAUACUCAUACACGAAAGCUUCCAUGUUGCUUCAACUUGGAGAACGAAUGACAAGUUCUGAGCGACUACAGUGCAGUGAUCUCCUACGGAACGCGUCUUACUACAAACAACGCAUUGCCGGAAAGUCGCUACCGAUGGAGAAAUUCAUGAUUCGGCGCUGCGCUCGCUAUCAGGCCCAAGGCGGUCAAAUAAUACUGCCUGCUAUAGAGCUACUCUGUCUCUGGAACAUGUUCCACAUACUCGCCAAGAAUAAACAAGGAGCGCAGAACAUCCUAAAGUUGAUAGAAACGACGCGAGAUCGCCUAGAAAGCGGACCACAAGAGUGGAUGGCUGGUUACGACGCUGACAACCGGGCACUGCUGCGCUACUUGCACGGAUGUUGCCUGUCUGCUAUGAAUCUGCCACGGCUGGCUCUUGAGACUCUACAAUCAGUUUUCCUAUUAAAGAAUGACAUCAAAGAAGAUACUUUCCUGCUACCAUACUCUGUGGCCGAGAUGGCUAUGUGUCACUACCACCUCGGAGAUAAAGAUCGAGCGAUUCAAAUGUUACAGGAUGCCAGGAAAAAAUACUCUGGGUAUUCCUUAGAAUCGAGGCUACACUUUCGUUUGCACUCAAAGAUGCAGAUCGUUAAGGAAGUGAAUACACGGGGCGAAUCUAGUAAAUCAGUCACCAAAUUAUGAGAUAGCUGCUAAGUCAUAUUUUUUUUAUUAAAUGCCAAAUUGGUUUAUUGUAUGUACCUGGCGCUUGUAGCGGAUAAAUGGAAUAUUUGAUCUUCACAAUGGCUAUAUGUUGCACAUUCUCAUAUUUAUCAAUAACACUACAGUGUUACAUCAUAUACCUCUAGAUAAAGUGUUCUUGUGUGCCGGAAUAGGGAAUCCGGAAUGUACAAGAUAAAAAAUGUCCCACUACUAUAUUAUUAAAGAACUGUCUCGAGAUACAUGAUUUAGACCGUAAUGUUUACUUGACGUGAAUAUAUAUGGUAUAACUAUAAAAUCAGUAUGUAAUACAUUAUGGUUAAAAUGUAGUGCAAACGUCAAGAGAUAACGUUUAUAUUAAUGUUAUUCUUAUUUAAAAGAUAACAUAAUCGUAAAAUGUUACAAUGAUUCAAUAAAAAUUGGUUAAUGUAUUAAUGUAAUGUUUAAAUGUAAUAGUAGUUGAUUGUUGUACUCAUUCAUUAUAGCCAAGAUAAUGCCUGUUUCUAAUAUUUGUGACCAUACCUGUCUAGUUUAUGGUCUUUCAUAUGCUAUGUUUAAUAUACAACUAGUGACUCGUCCCGGCUACGCGCGGUUUUUUUUUAAAACUCGUUGAUUAUGUAUGUAGCCUUCUAUAAAUGAAAGUAAAUAUUUUUUGAGCUUCUUUAAUUCCGAACAACAAAUAUUUUAGAAAUAACACGACAAUUUCCUGGGGUAACCACGUGGUGGUCGACUUCACAGGGCGUGUUGCUAGCAGUAGGACUUCUAAUCCCCAUUACUAACAAUCUAUUCUCCCGCUACAACUAUACUCAGAAGCUAUUUAGCUUCACAGUACUACCAUUAAGUACUGACUUGACUGUAAGAGAAAUAAUUAGAUUUUCUUACUAAUAGACGAGCAGGGACUAAGAGCAUUGUAGUAUAUAUAAUUUAUAAAUUACCAAAGUCAAGAUAUCAUGUUACUCGACGCUUCGUCUCGACAAAAAUGUUUUUUUUUUUUUUGGAAUCUUGUUAUUACGUUUAAAAAUCUGAACCUCUCUUUUUUAAUACAAUUAUUGCAGUGUAGAUUUUUACAGGUACUUAACACUAGAGAAAUUAUAUGACAAAAUGUCUUUGACUAUACUGAUUUCAUUGUGGUAAUAUAUUAGUUGUUCCUUUGUGAUUUUAUAGUAUAUUAUUAUUGGUUUAUUAUCUCUAGGUAAUAGGAAUGGAGAAAUCGUAAAAUAGCGAAUUGUUUUUGUAUAUUUUUAUCAUACUCCACAUUUUAAUCACAAUUAUAAUUUAAAAAUAGCAGAAAAUCUAAAUCUAAACCUGUAACAAAUAAAUAAUGUCUAAAAUAAAUUAAUGAAAUAGAUUUUACAUCUACAUUUCUAAUAUCAAUUAUUUCAAAUUGGUUCUUUGCACCAUAUUAUAUGUUUUGUCUGAUUUAACCACAGACAUGGAUCCAAAUAGUUAUCGCGACUGCGUGUACAUUUAUAUAGAUUCAAAUGAGCCUAUGGACUCCGGUUAAAUUUAGAUUCGGAGUUUUCUACAAUAUAUUUAUAUCCAAAACCUAAGAUUGGAAUAUAACAUUACAUGAGGUAGUUCUGAAAGUAUACGUUACAGUAAAGGGGUUUGAUAUAAAUAAAUAGCUUUGGUGGCAACAAGUAAAAUAGGUUAAUAAUAAUACGCUUAGUUUAAUUUCCAUCUAUUUCUGUGGUUUCAGCGCAUAUUGAUGUUUACAUAUAAUAUUCCUAUUUUUAGUAAGGUGACGGUUAACUAGGUAGAAUUGUUUCCCCAUUUUGCAAUAGUUUCCCUCUCUGUAAUGAGUAAAGAACGGAUACCGAAAAAUAUAUGCUAAUCUACAAAGUGAUGAUCACAAAUAGUUUAUGUUCAUUUAAUUUACCGUACAUUUUGCAAUUCUUAGUACAAAUAUACAAAGCAUAUCUUUUUUUUUUAUUUACAGUAAAUUAUUGAUACCAACUCGUUACAAAUAACAUUAGACAGUAGAAAAGUUACUAUAAUGGCAUUGCAAAAUUCUUUUUUUUUUUUAAAUUACUCAUUAUUUUGAAAGAAAUAUUAAAUAGUUCACAUGUUUGUGUUUUAAAAUUUAAUAAAUUAUUCUUAACCAAAUAAAAGUUUUUUGUAUGCAUAAUGUUUUAAUAUUGAAUUAUUUAUAAUUUUAGAUUAUUGCAUGCAGUAUAUUUGUUUAGGUUAUAGUUUUGUUUUUAAUUUUUCCGUUACAUAAGUAAAUUUUUUUAUUACAUAAUUUUUUAUACACAUAAUGUGAACAGUUGUAGUAGUUAUAAAAUAAUGAUAUCAUUCCGGAUAAAUAUUAAUAUUUGUCAAAGACGAAAAAUUUUAUAAAGAUAUAUUUUGUUACGUAUAGGUAGACGAUAAAAAAAAUUUAUAUUAUUGCCAAAAUUUAGUCAAACUAAAAUUUUGAUGUUGAAGAGUGUUUCUUCAAUAUUUUAAAAAUAUAAAAUUUAUAUAUCCUUGCGUUAUAGCUUGUGGCAUAGUGAUAGCACACACAUCACAAAAAUUAUACAAAAUUGUAUAUUGUUUAAAACAAAUCCAUGUUUUUUAAUUAGUUACGUGAGAAAAUGUUAAUUAUGAUUUAUAAACUUUCUAAAUAUCUCUCAUAUUACAGAAUAAAAAUAAUAGUUCGUAUUAGAACACGUGCUUACUACGUGCAGAAUGUAAUAACAAAUUUUUAUGUUAUUAUAUUAUUCUUGUAAAUAAAAGAGGCUUUGAAUAAUUUAUUUACAUAGAUAAGUACUUAAAUAGAAAUACAUAACUCGUGGAUUUCUCAAAUUUUGAUAGAUACGCUCACAUUCGUAUUCAGUUACAUAUUGUAAAUGUUCAUGGUAUACAUAACAUAUGCAUAGAAAAAAAAAGCUUCAUUAUACAAUUGAAGACGAAAUGCGAAAUAUAUGUGUGAAAUUAUAAUAUACCUUUAUAAAGUUUCUGUUUCUCUUUUUCACAUAUCUAAAAUCCCUAAUAAAAAUAUAUAAAUAAAAGCAAUAAACUUUAUUCAAAGAACGGUUAUUUCUGCUGUCGUACGUAUAAAUUAACUAAUAUAAAAUUUGGACUAGUCCUUUCUAAUGGGGAGGCCCACUUUACGAGUGAACAGAACUAUUUUUAACAUUUCGUAUGGUUGUAAUCUCGCCCGAUACGUUAUCACUGCCGCGUGCAUGAGAUAAAACAAGACAGCAACGUCCGUAGUCUUGUCCCCUCUCAUGCGUUCACUGACGAUAACUCAGGGGCUAUAAAUUUACUUUUUCUAUUAAUAUUAUGAAAUAAACUUUCUUCCGAUUGGUACUUGUGUUCUAAAGAAUUGAUUACUACAUGUUUAAUUUGUCUUCUAAAAUUUUAACGUUAAAAAUAAAAACAAAAAUGUGAUAAUAGAUACGCUAACAUCAAAUCAUAAACAUAGAUGUUAGUUAAUAUAAGUGGUAGCCCAAUUUGCCAUUAAAUUAUAAAUUUAUACAAUUUUUUUAUAAUUAAUUUAGUAAUGUUAUGAAAUUGGCUGUUUAUGAGGAGGAAAAUAAAUGUUUACGAGUAAUUGCAUACCUAAGAGACUAACUAAAAUGAAUAUAGAGUUUAAUUAAUAUAAAAAUAUAAAUCUUGUAAACGUGAUAAUUUUGAUUGUUAACAAAAUUAAUAGCAUAGUCAUUAUUUACCACAUAAUACACUUAUUUCAUUUAAAAAAACUGCACUCGUUUUUUUUAAGAGACAAUAGAAGACACCAAGACAUUAUUUUCAUACAAAAUAUAUAUAUUUUUAUUUCUAUAAAUGCAACUACAAUAAAGAUAUACUUGAUGUGUAGGUGUUCAAUGUCUAAUAUGUGUUUACUGUAAAAUGGAAUCGAAAUUAUUUUUCAACAGAGUGUUCUACCACUAACUGAACAUUAUUCUAAAGGAAGGUUUAUGAAUUUCAUAGAGGAAAUUACUUCAAAUAUUCUUAUUUCAUAUGAAUGAACUCGUCCAGCUGUCGAGUUUAUUCAUUUAUUCAGUAUAAAAGUAUUUCUACUCGCUCUCUAGGAAAACGUUCAGUUUCAUUGGUGCAAAAAGAUGUGAUUAGUGAAAAUGUUUUGAAUUUACCUAUGUAUGUUUAAAAUUUAAGUGUUGUAAAUGCUUUAAUUGGUAGCGAAAUCGGAAAUCAGACCAAAUAUGGAUGUAUUUUAAUUAGGGAAAUUUUCAUUAUUUUGUAUUUAAAUUAUUAUUAUUGUAUUGAUAAUCGAUUCGUUCAUAAGAAGUGUUGUCACAAAUUGUACUGUAAUCGUUCUAUGAAAUACGAUAUAUAUUAUUUUUUAUAUUUAUAUCUUUUUUUAUUAAAGUUAUUUGGUUUACAGUUUUAGUUUCCAAUAGGAACUGGACAAUCUGACGAAGUAUCUACAGUUAGGUUUUAAAUAUAAGACUUUCUGGUGACGAGAGCUGUUUAACGUUUGUUCUCUACAAUUCAUGGCGUUGUCACAGUAGAUACAAGUAUUUAGUAAUGGGUAUGGUAGGUGUAUACAUAUACUUCAUUAUUCGUGUGUUGGGUUUGCAUUGUUAAUGUACUAUUUUUGUAACUAAAUGGCAGAUGUUGAAUAAAAAAUUAUAAUCCAAAA